CCAAAAUCAAAGUUGUUCGUUGCCUCGUCGUGAGCGGUUGUGUUGCCAGUUCCAGCGGUUCCAGCCAGUCCCAAAGCCGACUUGUGUCCGAGCCAGAUGCCAAAAAACACGUAAACCCCGAGAUCCGGUACAAACAACAACUUGAAGCGUGCAGCCAAAGCGAACCACUGGAUUAUCGCGCGCACAUUUCUCGCAUUUCAAAAUUGUUUUUUUUUGCCAAAACCCACAUCGAAUAGGUUUCUGUUCAAAAAAUUGGCUAAAAGUGACAUACGAAUUGGUUACAAAACUACACAAAAAAAAAACAAAGUGAAACAGUGAACAAAUUUCCACAAACAACAAAAAAAAACACCACACAAAUCUGAAAACCACACCACACAAAAACAAAAACAAACGCCAGCGAAAUUGUUUAGUGAACAAAUUCCAAAAAGGAACAAAAAGAUUACUAUGGAAAACUGAAAAAUCGACGCCAAGAGAUUGAACGAAUCGAGACACGAAAAGGAAGGAAGGAAGGAAAAAGAAAACGACUAAUCGAAGCAAAGCGAAAGAAACAAAAAGAAAAAGGCCAACAUGCAGAUGAUCACGAUCAUUAGCAUCUGGUGCAUUCUGGCCAGCAUCUUCAGUCCGAGCGAGGCCUUGGCCAAUUGCCCGCCGGGCUGCCAGUGCGACGACAACACUCUGGUGGUGCAGUGCGGCGAGGGGCAGCUGGACGUGCUGCCCAUCGCGCUGAAUCCCUCCAUCCAGCGGCUGGUGAUCAAGAGCAACAAGAUCAAGACGAUCGACUCGUCCAUCCAGUUCUACGCGGAGCUGACGUUCCUCGAUCUCUCCUCGAACCACCUGAUGACGAUCCCGCAGCGCACGUUUGCCUACCAGAAGAAGCUGCAGGAGGUGCACCUCAACCACAACAAGAUCGGCCAGAUCAGCAACAAGACCUUCAUCGGCCUGUCGGCGGUGACCGUGCUCAAUCUGCGCGGCAAUCAGAUCUCGGAGCUGCACCAGGGCACCUUCACGCCGCUGCUGAAGAUCGUGGAGCUGAAUCUGGGCGAGAAUCGGAUCGGUUUCCUCGACCCGAAGGCCUUCGAUGGACUCAGCCAGCUGAGGAUCCUCUAUCUGGACGACAACGCCCUCACCUCGGUGCCCGAUCCCGUCAUCUUCCAGGCGAUGCCCACACUCGCGGAGCUCUUUCUGGGCAUGAACUCGCUGCUGACCAUCCAGCCGGCCGCUUUCCAGGACCUGAAGGGUCUCACCCGACUCGAGCUGAAGGGAGCCAGCCUGCGGAAUGUCUCGCACGACAGCUUCCAGGGCCUCGAGGAGCUGCGCAUUCUCGAUCUGUCGGACAAUCGCCUCGCGCGCAUUCCCUCCGUGGGCCUCAGCCAGCUGGUGCGUCUGGAGCAGCUCUCCCUGGGCCAGAACGACUUCGAGGUGAUCAGCGAGGGCGCCUUCGUGGGCCUCAAGCAGCUGAAGCGCCUGGACGUGAACGGAGCCUUGAAGCUGAAGCGCGUCAUGACCGGAGCCUUUGCGGCCAACGGAAACCUGGAGUACCUGAAUCUGUCCUCCAACAAGAUGCUGGUGGAGGUGCAGGAGGGUGCCCUGAGCGGCCUGCCCCAUCUGCGGCAUGUGGUGAUGAAGGCCAAUGCCCUGACCUCGCUCGCCGAGGGCCUCUUCCCCUGGAAGGACCUGACCACGCUGGACCUCUCCGAGAACCCCAUCUCCUGCGACUGCCGUGUGAUGUGGCUGCGCAACCUGCUGGUGGCCAAGAACGCCAGCCAGGACGAGGUCUCUGAGCUGCUGUGCGAGUUCCCCGAGCGCCUGCGCGGCGAGUCCCUCAAGCACCUGAACCCCACGCUGAUGGGCUGCACGCACACGGAUCCCAGGAAGCAGGCGCUGAUUGGAGCCCUGCUCGUGGGCUCGGCGGCCACCCUCACGGCCCUGGCCCUGGUCGUCUACCGCUGCCGCCACAAGAUCCGCGAGUACCUCAAGGGCGGCCUGUGGGGCAGCUCGGCUUUGGGCCGCAAGGAGCGCGAGUACCAGAAGACCUUCUGCGACGAAGACUACAUGGCCCGGCACCAGCACCACCCCUGCUCCCUGGGCAUCCACUCGACGUUCCCCAACACCUACACGGCGCCCCACCACCCCAGCGCGCCCGGCCAUCACUACGGCAUGUGCACCGGCAUGCCCAUCAACGAUCUGAACGCUGCCGGCGGAGAUCCCCAGCAGAAGUUCCAGCAGCUGCAGGUGCCCACCGGCAGCCUCAUGAACGAGAAGAAGCUGAACAACAACAAGGCCCUGGCCAGCCAGGCAGCCAUCGACGACAGUGCCUCCUUUGUGCUGCACAUGAAGUCGGCCACACUGGCGCGCGAUCACCUCCAGCAGCACCCGCACCCGCAGCAGCAGCAGCAGGCACAGCACCAGCACCAGCACCAGUCGGGAGUCCAGUCCAAGCUGAAUCACUACACAAAGCCGCAGUUCCUGUCGGCCACCGCGGCCGUGGGGGACUCGUGCUACUCGUACGCCGAUGUGCCAAUGGUCCAUGCCGCCCCUCUGGGGGCAGCGCCCCAGUUGCAGCCACAGCUGCGCCUCACCCACGAGCACUUCAAGCAUCGUGUGGCCGGCACUGGCGCCGGCGCCGGCGAGCACUACGACAACGAGGUGAACAGCGAGAUACUCGAUCCGAACUACAUCUACAGCAAUGCCCACUACUCGAUGCCGCUGGAGCAGAUGGGGCGCAGCAAGACCCCCACACCGCCGCCCAUGCCGCCGGCCCUGCCGCUGCGCAACGGGCUGUGCGCCACCACGGGACGCAGGUCCUUCCAGCAGAAGUCCGCCAACAACAACACCCUGCGGCAGUUCACCCACUGAUCCACGGUUGACUAUCGACGCAGGCAGCUGAGCAUCUACGCUUAGUUCGGCCGCUGUCCAACACUGUGAUGCCAAAACCAACCCCCAGCCCCAGCCCCAGCCCCAGCCCCAGCCCCCCGCUCGAGUAGUGCCCAAGUCCCAGCACUGGCUAUAGAUAUAGGAGGAAAAUCUUGCCCUGUAAAUAACCCAAACGUUUCGCUCGCCCGCACUUUCCCAACACUGAAAGAUCUCUUCUUCUAUCAGCACUUUGCCACACUACUACUAGCGUACAUUUUUUUCCUAGCCGCUAAGAUUAACCUAAAGAUACUUAAGAUAUUCAUAGAUAAACUAAAGACAAACAACAAACAAAAAAAAAAAACAAAAACCCAGCACUGAGAGUCAUUUGUAAGUUUUUUUUUUA